AUGGCGUCCAAUUCUAUGCACAACUUGACGACUCUGAUCAAGAGGCUCGAGGCGGCCACGUCUCGCCUUGAGGACAUGGCCCAGUCGUCAUUCGAGCCUACCCAAGGUGUCCCGACUGUUCAACAGCAGGGUGUCGCGCCCAAGCUUUCGGUUCCCGCGCUGCCCGGGUCCCCCCAAACCGCGAUAGGACCGAGCCCGCCCGCUCCUGCGCCAGAGCCUGUCCCCGAGACGAUCGAAGAGUUUGAUAACCUUAUCAACCAGUCGCUCGCGAACUGGGUCAAAAUCAGCAAUGAUAUUGGGGGUCUGGUUGCUGAGCAGGCCGCCAAGGUUGUCGAGGCCUUCAAGGAGGAGCGCAAGUUCCUGCUCAUCACCACCAAGGCGAAGAAGCCCGAUCUCGCAGGUGCCGAUAUGUCUGUGUUCCAAGACCUCGUGAAGCCCAUCGGCGACCUUAUAUCCGCCGUUACCCAAAUCAAGGAUAGCAACCGCGGCGACAAAUUCUACAACAACCUUUGCACCGUGGCCGAGAGCAUCCUGGCUAUGGCCUGGGUGACGAUGGACACCAAGCCGGCCAAGCACGUUGAGGAAAGCCUUGGGUCCGCACAGUUCUAUGGCAACAAAAUCUUGACGGCGAAUAAGAACAAGGAUGAGCAGCAGGUCGAAUGGGUCAAGGCUUACUACCAGGUCUUCCGCGAUCUCGCCGAAUAUGUCAAGACGUACUACAACCAAGGCGUUCCCUGGAACCCCAAAGGUGUAACUCCGGCCGAAGCAGCCAAGUUAGUCAACACGGCAUCCGCCUCCGCACCCCCCGCACCGCCAGCUGCACCUGCACCUGCAGCCGGCGGGGCUCCUCCCCCUCCUCCCCCACCCCCGCCGGGCCCGGCGCCAGUCCUCAACAUCAAGGAGGAAAAGGCCGAGCCGGCCGCGCCCGGCGGCCUUGGCGCCGUGUUCUCCGAGCUCAACAAGGGCGAGGCCGUCACCAAGGGCCUCAGGAAGGUGGACAAGUCCCAGAUGACGCACAAGAACCCAUCCCUGCGGGCCGGGUCGACUGUUCCGGAGCAGAAUGGCUCAGCAGUACGCGGCAAGAGCCCCGCGCCGCCAGGCACGAAGCCCAAGCCCGAGAGCAUGCGCGUCAAGAAGCCGCCCAAGAAGGAGCUCGAGGGCAACAAGUGGACAGUCGAAAACUUCGACAAGUGGCCCUCGCCGAUCGAGAUCGAGGUCUCGCUCUCGCACUCGGUGCUCAUCUCCAAGUGCAACAACACGACCGUCAUCCUCAAGGGCAAGGCCAACGCCGUCACCGUCGAGAACACCAACCGGCUCUCGCUCGUCGUCGAGUCGCUCGUCUCCAGCGUCGACGUCGUCAAGUCCAACAACUUCGCCCUCCAGGUCCUCGACACCAUCCCCACCGUGCUCAUGGACCAGGUCGACGGCGCCCAGGUCUACCUCAGCAAGGCCAGCUCCGACACCCGCCUCUACUCGAGCAAGUCCGCCAGCAUCAACCUGAACGUGCUCGCCGGCGGCGGCGAGGACGAGGACUACAAGGAGAUCCCCCUGCCUAGCCAGAUCUGCUCGUGGUGGGAUACCGAGAAGGGCGAGGCUGUUAACGAGAUUGUGUCGCAUUGCUCUUGA